GGGUCCCGGGCGGGGCGGGCAUCGCCGCGGCUGGCUGCGGCCGCGGUGGCGCGCCGCCUCGCCUCGCCUCGCCUCCUCUCGCCUCGCCUGGCCGCUCGGCGCCGCGGAGGGGCGGCGCUGCCUGCCCGCACGCCCCCGCCCGGCGCCCCCGCUCCGUCUCCAGGAAGGGCGCGGGGAGCCCCACGCUCCCCCUCGGCGCGGCGGCGGAGUUUGAGCCGGUGGCGGCGGCUGGGUGCGAUGCCGUGUUAGCCGGCGGGCAGCCCCCGAGGCAGCGCCGGCGGGAAGUGGCGCCAGUGGCCGGGGCUGUGGCUGGCACCAUGGGCACCGGGCUGGGGGGUGCGGCGGCCGGGCUCCCUGCGCGUUCCGGCUGAGCCCGGAGAUGUGCCGGCGCCCUGUGGAAGUAUUUUGGAAAUAGCGGUCCGAGGAGGACGGGCGGCACAGCGUCUCACCGGCUGGGAGGAGGUCGUCCGGCGGCGGUGUACAGGCAAACAAAUAUCACUUGCUGUGUCAUAGCACAUGGAUUUCAGGACCGCCUGUGAAGAGACAAAGACAGGGAUUUGUUUGCUGCAGGAUGGUAACCAGGAGCCUUUCAAAGUGCGACUGCACUUAGCCAAAGAUAUUUUGAUGAUCCAGGAGCAGGAUGUGAUCUGUGUGUCUGGUGAGCCUUUCUAUUCUGGUGAAAGAACAGUAACAAUUAGAAGACAGACUGUGGGAGGGUUUGGAUUAAGUAUAAAGGGUGGAGCAGAACAUAAUAUUCCAGUGGUCAUUUCUAAGAUUUCCAAAGAACAAAGAGCGGAGCUCUCAGGUUUGCUCUUUAUAGGAGAUGCAAUUCUACAGAUUAAUGGAAUUAAUGUGAGGAAAUGCAGGCAUGAAGAAGUGGUUCAGGUCCUUCGCAAUGCAGGGGAAGAAGUGACCCUAACUGUUUCCUUUCUGAAAAGAGCACCUGCUUUUCUCAAACUGCCACUGAAUGAAGAUUGUGCAUGUGCCCCCAGUGACCAAAGCAGUGGCACAUCCUCUCCCCUAUGUGACAGUGGUUUGCAUCUCAACUACCACCCCAACAACACGGAUACAUUAUCAUGUUCCUCAUGGCCAGCAUCCCCAGGACUUAGGUGGGAAAAAAGGUGGUGUGAUCUCCGAUUAAUUCCACUUCUUCAUUCACGAUUUUCCCAGUACGUUCCAGGAUCAGAUUUGUGCAGGCAAAAUGCGUUCCAAGUAAUUGCUGUGGAUGGAGUUUGCAGUGGAAUAAUUCAGUGUAUCUCUGCUGAAGACUGUAUUGACUGGCUACAAGCAAUAGCAAGUAACAUUUCCAGCCUCACAAAGCACAAUAUAAAAAAAAUCAACCGGAAUUUCCCCGUAAACCAGCAGAUAGUCUACAUGGGCUGGACGGAAGAACGGGAACAAGACUCCCUUCAGGAUCGAAUGUACACACCAAAGUUUCUAGCACUGAGGGGAUCUUCCCUGUAUAAGUUUAUAGCACCUCCAGUCACAACCUGGGAUUGGACACGAGCUGAGAAAACAUUUUCAGUUUAUGAGAUAAUGUGCAAAAUUCUCAAGGAUAGUGAUCUACUGGACCGUCGGAAACAUGGCUUCAGUGUCCAGUCUGAAUCUGGAGAAGAUCUUUACUUUUCUGUGGAACUAGAGUCUGACCUAACACUAUGGGAAAAAGCCUUCCAAACAGCAACUUUUUUAGAAGUUGAACGGAUACAGUGCAAGACAUAUGCCUGUGUUUUGGAGAGUCAUCUUAUGGGACUUACCAUUGACUUUAGUAUGGGUUUUGUCUGUUUCGAUGCUGCCACAAAGGCUGUACUUUGGAGGUACAAGUUUUCUCAGCUUAAAGGUUCUUCAGAUGAUGGGAAGAGCAAAAUCAAAUUUUUGUUCCAAAACCAAGAUACUAAACAAAUUGAAGCAAAGGAGCUGGAGUUUUCCAACCUGUUUGCAGUCCUUCACUGUAUCCACUCAUUCUUUGCAGCUAAAGUGGCUUGUUUGGACCCUUUGUAUGUAGGCAGUCAAGCCACCUCUUCUGCUGCUCCCACAACUUCUGGUACAGGCAAAUUAAAGUAUACUACUUGACAUCUCACAUUACAGCACUGCCACUUAACAAGAAGACAUAACAAUGUAUAAAUAUUCAUAAUAUGUAGACCUUUGGUGAACCAUGUACGUGGAAACCAAGCCUGGAGGCAGGACAUCUUGCAGCAUCAGCAGAUAGAUGGUCACGUGGGAUCAUAAAUUCAUCUCUGUUCUGCAAGACAUCAGUAAAUAAUCCUAGUCAAAACCCCAGAAUAGGAUGGAUAUGCUUUUAGUAUGAUCUAUUUGUACUUACAUAGUGCUUUAAGCAACACUGGAAGCAAAGGAAUAAAUGAUGAAAUGAAGCACUUCAGUAUUUAAUAAAAUUUUCAAGUUGCUGUAAUAAUACAUGAAUAGAAUUGUCAUUUUCCUGUUUUCAGAUGUUUUUUAUGACAAUAUACUAAACUCUUAUGAACUUAAUACCCUAUCAUUAUAUUAUAAAUCACCUAAGAGUAAGCAACAAGCAUAUACAUGGUGACAAGGAGAUAGGCAUGAAAAGGCAUUUGUGUAAGUAUCUCCUCAAAUAAGAAAGCACUUUAAGUACUGUUGAAAGUCCAUACUUGUGUCCAUACAUAAAGUCAUGAUACUUUUUCUGUUUUAUUCUUUUAGUCUAACAAUAACAAAGAUCUAGCCAUAUUGGACUGAUACAUUAAAACGAACAAACAAACAAACCAAGCCACAAAAAGCAAAACAGCUUUCCAUGAGUCUCUCUUCAAGUAAAAAUAAUGUGAUACAAAUUUAAUUUUUAUUAGAAAUUAAGUGCAAGUGUGUAAAAUAUCAUGUCUGCUAUUUACUUCUUCAUUUUUCCCCAAGAAUUACAUUCUCUAAAUCUAAUAGUCUUUGUUCACAAGACUUAGCUAUUUAAUUUGUUUCAGAGACAAUCCAUCUAAUACAUUGUUUCCAUGUUUAACCUUGAUUUCACAUCAUAACUAGAACCUCUGUUCCACUCAGGCUCUCAACAAAAUAGGCGUUCUACGUUAUGCUUGAAAAAUGAGUCCACCCUUUACAUUCUUAAUUUUUUAAAAAUAUAUUUUUUUGUAAAAGACAGGAAUAAAUUGAAUAGCCUGUAAAGAAUAAAUGACAGAAUGCAUAAUGUCUUUGUAUGUUAAGAAUAUUAGAUCACUCUGGACUACAUACUAGUUCCAGAGUAUCAUUUAAUGAUGAAAUCUGCAGGAAUCGUAAAUUUUAAAUUAAUAACUUUAUUUAAAUAUCGUUUUGAAAAAUAAUUUAAUUUCGUGCUAUUACACACAUCAGUGAAGAUGGUAAAAUGGUGGGAGCAUGUAUGGGAUAUAGCUGAAACAACAGAAAAGGUGAGAAAUGAGGGGUUUUUUGCCAGACAGGAUAAGAGAACCUAAAAAAACGCUGGAAUACUUAGUACAGCUACAGUGUGUGCAUAACAUUUUAAAUAGUACUUUAUGGGGUUUCUGUUUAUUAUACUGAAAUUAAAACUUACUUCCACCCACCUCCUACCGCUUAGACUUGUUAUAAAAGCACAUAGCAGGUAAGGGUUAUGGAUGCCAUCUGCCCUGAUUAGCAGAAAGACUAAUUCUGUCACACCCCUUUGCACAGAUUAAGAUAAUUAAAACUUCAAAAGGGAAGCCAGAGGAAAGCUUUUUUUAAAAAAAUGGGAACAAUUCAAAAUGCAAGGCAUGAACAAAAGAUGAAUGAACUGUAGGGACAAAUCAUGUCUCUGUUUCUUUGCUUUGCAUUACAAGUAUUUGGAUUUAUGUAUGUAAGAGUAUCCUUGCCUUGAAGUACAGCUGAUCUCACUUGAUACUAGCUCCAAAUAAUGUAAGAAUAUAUUUCCUGGGGACUCUUUAAUCGCUUUCAAAUGUCUUUCAGUACAUACUUACUUCUUAUUAAUACAUCUCCAAGGGUUACACAUUUUUUUCCCAUGAUAAAUACAGUGGAAUGAUGUCAUAAUCCAGCUACUAAAUGCUUUAAAUGUCAUCAAAAUACAACAUUUUCAUAGUCAUUAUCAUGUGUUGGUUUAUAUGAACUUUCCCGGAAUAGGGGGGUCACAUCCUGGUCUCAGAACAACACAUAAAAUUACCAUGGCUGUCCAUGGGAUCUCGUGUUUGUUCCUGAAAAGAGUACAAACCCCAGAUACUUUGACUCCAAAGCAACGAUAGUCCAAGAGAUUUCACGAUGGUAGUUCAGGCACUAUCCUUGUCAAGAAAGCAUAUACUGGAAACACACAUUUUGACAGAGCACUGACAACAGAAAACAGAAGCCCCAUACCUGUUAAUGACAGUUCUCCUCUGUGCUCCCAAAACACCUCCUUCCUUUUAGCGCGAUGCUGUGUCAUUCAGCUGUCACACUGUUGGCACAUGCUAACACCUCGGUAGAUGCUCUGCUGGUAAUAGCAGAACCAAAAACCAAAAAGCUGCCAGUUGAAUGUUUUUUCCUUCAGUUUUACCACUGAAACUGAGAGUUGUUCAAGGAACGUUGUUAAAUGUGCUUCAAUUAACAUAACAUUUACCCAAACCAGCAGACACUAUGUAAUUGCAAAUUGCCAUAGAUUAAAGGAUUCCAUUAUAUGAAAGCAACUUGGGCAGAACUGAGAUAAUGACAUGAACUUUUGGGACUCCACCAGGUAGCCUAAAGAUCUCUGUCAAGUAUUCUCUUUGUAAAACUGCUGUAUUCAUCAAUGAGUUUUGCAACUGGGCAUUAAAUAAGCAACAUUUGAGAGACAAACAUUAGCCUGUAAAUUGGUACUUAUUUAUUUUCUAAAACCCUAUAUUUCAAAGAGCUAGACUGAUGGGGCUUAGUCAGUACUUUUAUUUUCAAGAAGAUAAAAGUGAUCUUGUCAGAAUAUAAAAUGCCAUAGCCUUGACUACAGGUCAGCAUGGGUUUGUAAAUGCAGCAUGGGCUUGUGCACAGACCUCACAGGAUAUUCAGAGAUGACUCUGCAUCCAGGAUUGCCCUUUUAGAGCAAGUUGGUCAGAAAUUCAGUCUUGAAUCAAAGAGGGAAAUUUUGAACUCUUUGUUAUAACUAAUUAUGAAAUUACAAAAUAUGAUCUACAAACAUAUUAAAUGGCUAUAUUUUUCAUUUAAGUACCUACGGGAGAUUCCCAUUUAAAGCAUAGUGAACUUCAUAGGCAUGUGUCAAAACCCAGGCUUUAUGUUGCAGCCUCUCAUUUCAUAUUUCACAUUUCACAUAUAAUGAAUACAAUUAUUUUGCAAGUGAACACAGCCCAAUGACAGUGCAAAACCACAGUUAUAAUGAUUUAUCAGCUUUGGCUAAAAAUCUGUAUGCAAGUGAAAACAGGUAUUUUAACAAAAAAGAGCAAACCAACUAACCCAUAGCAUAAAAUGUAAUUUGUUUUCUUCAUGUCAUGGUAUUCUUAAAUAAAUUUAAUUUUAAAAAAUUCUUAAUAGUACUGUGCCUAUUGAAGUGAUGUGUACCAAAAAUAUGUACUCUUAAGUAUAACUAAAUAUAUUUGGUUUGAUUUGCUUUGCAUUAUGAUGGAAAUUUUAGAUGAUGUGACCUUCACAGAAUGAACCAUGUGCUAGGUUAUAAUGUUAGCAUAGUUUUAUUAUGGGAAGUGUUACCAAUUUGAAUACAUGUCAUUCUGGAUUUCUUCAGUGAAAAAAUACAUUUGUUUUCCUACAUAUAUUUAAAAAUACAGUUCCAGAUUUUCAAUAGAGCUUUGCAUUCCAGUAGCAUGAAGGCAUCUUUGAAAUAAAUAUCAGCAUACUUUUAAAUGUUGGCCAUUUUAUUUUGUUAAUUAAGUGUUGCAAGAAGUUUGUGGAAACAAACUGGUUGUAGGUGGGUUAUUUUUUAAAACCAGUAAUUUGAAGUUUUUUCCAUUCAAACUAGAUUUAAUAAGAAUGCAAAUCAAUAAUAUACAGUAUCAAUAUGCUUUGAGACGAGAAUAAUGAAAAAUAUUUUCCAAAUUAGUCCUUGAUUCCACAAAUACAUAUUGAUUUACUCUGUGCAUGUAGAGUUUAUCAGAACACCUCAAAGUGGACAGUUUAACGUAAGUAGGUAGUUGUCAAUACUGCAGCCUGUUACUUUAAAUGUGAUUUGGUUUAUUCAAUGCCUUAAGAUGUUUCUUACAUCAAACAAAAUAUUAAAAAGGCUGAAGAUCUUGUGAAUGUACAGUUGCUGCCCUUAGAAAUUCCGCAGCUUUGCUACGUAUUGUCUAAGUAACCUUGAGUAUUCCCUAUGCCAAAAAGACCAAUUUUAAUUCUGGUAUGGCAAUUCCAAGGAACACUUCAGAAAAAAUUAUUUUAUUAAUAUUAAACACUAAUCCUUGUAUUGCACUUUCCAUUUCCUUACAGGGUCUGGUCUCUGAAAAAGCAUAGUGUCUAAAAAAAAGUUUAAGCUGAUUUUCAAUGUUCAGCCUCAGGCAAUUAUGAGUCUGUACUUUGGACUCGCACCUCUGACCAGUUCUGCAUGAUGGGAAAAAAUGACAGACUCAGUCAGCUCCCAAAAUUUAAGUACCUGUCUUAGAUGCCUAUGGUAGGACUUGAGGCUCUCCAAAGGGAAAUCCAAAGCAGGAAUGUAGCUUAGGAUCCCUGAAGGUGUAUGUGUGUGUGUGUGUCUCUCUCUCUAAGGUGCUCGAGGUGCUUCUAUGCUAGUGUUUUCAUUUAUCAGGAAUGUGCUUUUGAAGCCAGGCUCCUGCCUGCUGCCACUCACUGUGCUACUCUUCAUAUCACAGAGCAGUCUUUAAGCAUAUGAACUGAGUCUUCAGGGUGAAAGUAAAUGAGUAUCACACCUAUAUGAGUUCCCGAUCCUGAUGGGCUUUCAGACCAUGCAGCCCAAUUGAAGUGAAUCCAGAGUAUAAAACCUCUGAGAUGCUAACAGCAAGGCUGCCAGGUGCUGGUGCCAGCUGUCUCAGUCUCUGCAGUGGCUGCUGCUUGUGCACCGUGGGUGCUUCAAGGACCCUAGAAAGCUGAGCUUCACAGUGUAGCCUGCCAGAGCUUGGUGCCUGAAAGGGAUGGCUGCGCUGCAGUAAGGGGCAGAGUGAAUCUGAAGAAGGCUGAUGGGUGCCCAGGGCAUACCUUUUUCCCUCACCACACCAGGACAGUAUUGACUGCAAGCAGGCUGCCCUGUGCUGGUCAGCACUCUCCCUGCUGCAUCUUUCUUCCUGCCUACCACAAAUACAUAUCUGCAUAUUUGCUCUGAGGUCCCCGAGUACACUCCCCCACUCUGUCGCCCCCUUUGCUCAGACAGAUGGCAAAACUGUACUCAGCUACAUAGCAGAACCUCUAAACCUCUUAUACAGUCAGGGACAGUAUUAGAAUUAGCACAAGGGCAUCUGUGUACCAGUAAGACCGACUGAGUGUGUGAUUAACGUUCAGGUUAAAGCAAAUAAAGUCAUAUCUGAUCUUAAGUGCUUUCCUGACCUGGAGGGUUCUUAAGUGCAAUUUUAAUAUUUUCCUGGAAUAAGGUCUGUAAUGUCAACACAUUUCUACUUGCUUGGCUCCAUUUUCAGGAAGUUUAGCAGAGGUAUUGGUACAUAUCCCGUUGGAAUCAUAAAGAAAACAUAGGAAUACUGGAAUAUAAAGAAAUUUCUGUUUGGAUUCUGUAUAUUAUUACAGUACAUUAUAUAAUCUGUCAAAAUACAUUGAACAAUGUAAAACUAAACGCUUUCACUUACAUAAUGUCAUCAGUUUUCACUAUGGUAUACAUGUGUUCCACUUUCAACAACUUUCUCCACAAUAAUCCCAACUAUAUAUUAUAGAAAUUCUUUUAUUAUUCAGUAUAUACUAAUAUAUAAUGCAGUGUGAGUGUGAGUGUGUGUGUGUGUGUGUGUGUGUGUGUGUGUGUGUGUAUUAGUAUAUACUAAUGGGAGAUAUUUAGUAUAUAUUAAUGAAAGUUACAUAUUAGGCACAACUGUAAAACAGAAGCAUAAAUCCAUGAAGCUUUACAUUUAAAAAUCUUAAUCUUAUAAUACUAUAAAGAAAAAUAUGUAUAUUAAUUGAAGAAAUGGCUAUUUUUGCAGGAUAUGCACAAUCUGGAUAUACAAUAAUGAAUUGAUAAACAUUAACUGAUUUAUUCUUUCAUACCUUCAGGAACUUUGAUUUUUUUAAUUAUUCUUAUCCCUUUAGCAUAUUUGCAAUAUAUGUCAUAAGUUUUAAUUUGUUAUGGAUAAAAAUGACUGAAAAAUGUAAUAGAAAGUGCUAUAUAUUUUAUAAAUAUUAAAAAUUAAGAAAACUAUUAAAAUUAUUUAUUUCCUUUUUAGUUAUGGUUUUGUGGUUGUUUGUAAUAUGUAUUUGUGACAAACAUAAGUCACCUAGUUGUUUAAGCUCAUUAAUGUAUCACUAAUAAAAUGC